AUGGGCUGGGCAACUGUCUUCUUGGCCUGGUCAUCCUUGAUAGGUCUAUCACUGAUCAUCGCUCUUGGAGUCUUGAUACAUGAUAUUAUACUAUGGAAGCGAAUGCCUCCAGGCCCUCGGCCUCUCCCAUUCAUUGGUAACAAGCUUGAUGUUCCUAACAAACAUCCAUGGAUCCAAUUUCAAGAAUGGUCCCGGCAGUAUGGACCGAUUUUUACGGUAUGGUUCGGCCGUCGACCGACUGUUAUCGUUUCAGAUCCAAAUGUGGCCGUAGACCUGCUCGAAAAGCGGUCUCAAAAGUACAGCUCCCGCCCGCGCUUCGUCGUCAUGGGAGAAAUCUUCUGGGAUAUGUCGAGUAUCCUCGUACAGCCAUACGGGAAGGACUGGUCGGUGAGAAGGAAAGCGAUGCACCAGGUCCUAACAUCAAGAGCCUUGGAAAACUACAAGCCCGUCGCAGAAGCAGAAGCAACAAGGUUGUGCCAGCAACUCCUGAACAAAGCGGAUGAUCUUGACAAUCUUCUCAAUCGAUUUACAUCUUCGAUUGUCUUCACAAUAGCUUACGGCCACCGGAUCGACAGCAUGCAGUCACCUAUCAUCAAACAACGCAUGAAGAUCAUGCAUUGGAAUGCCGCCGUGAACGUACCAGGUCGAUAUUUGGCAGAGUCGUUCCCAAUUCUUAAGAACAUACCCGAUUUCCUUGCACCUUGGAAGCGAGAAGUCAAGGGUUGGGGUCGCGAAGAACAGAUGGCAAAUGCUCAGCUCCUCGGUUACGUGGAAGAAGAUAUUGAAGAAGCGAAGAAGCCAGGCGCUCGCCCCCUCCCCAAUAGCCUAGCUCGACAACUACUGGAAAACCGAGCCGCAGAUCCUGCUUCUUUCGCCCUGUUGCGAGAGCGAGAUUUUGCCAGCCUUCCAGCCUCAGUCUUUGGCGCCGGUGCAGACACCACAGCUUCCACACUAUCCUCCGCGAUCCUUGCCAUCAUUACCAACCAAGAAACACUUCAUGCCGCUCAUGCAGAACUCGACGCUGUGAUCGGUCGCAGCCGCCUGCCUGAUUACACUGAUGAGUCUUCCCUGCCGUACAUUCGCGCGCUGUGCAAGGAAGCGCUGCGAUGGCGACCUGUGGCCGUUCUAGGUGGAACGCCGCACGCUUCGACAGAAGCCGAUACGUAUCGAGGCUACUACAUACCUAAGGGCACCAACAUCUUGGGCAACAGCUGGGCGAUCAAUCGGCACGAGUCGUUCUAUCCGAACCCCGAUCACUUCAAUCCGCUGCGCUUCCUAGACGUCGACCCGACUUCGCUUGCCUACCUGGCCAAAACAUAUACCUCCACAACUCCCCAGGAAAAGGGCCUCGCGCAUCCCAGCAAACUCGGUCACUCGAGCUUCGGCUGGGGCCGCCGCAUCUGUCCUGGGGCGGAAUUGGCGAGCAACAACCUGUUCAUCGCCCUCGCGCGCGUCCUGUGGUGCUUCGACAUUCUACCCGCUAAGGGCGCCGUCUACGAUACGUACGACUACACCGACGGCUUCAACACUCGCCCGAACCCUUACAAGUAUGAGUUCUCAUUGCGGAGCGAGAAGCACGGCGAGGUCUUGAGGGCAGAAUUUGCCGAUGCACAGGACUACCUCGAGAGCAACUUCCCCUUGUUCAGGGAGCAUGAAAUUGUCGUUUAG